AUGGAGGCCAACCCCCGAAUGGAGGCCAGCGACGAUGUGUGCGUGCUCCUCACGUGGGGCGACGGCUCGUACGGGGCGCUUGGGCACGGAGAGCGGCUGAGUGAGACUGUACCUCGCGUGGUCCUCGCGCUUGUCCCGACGGAGCUACGUGGCGUCUCCUGCGGCUCGGCCACCACUUUUGCGCUCACGGCCGACGGGGCGUUUUCGUUCGGCGCCGCCGUCGGCGGCGUGCUCGGCCAAGGAGCAGUCCGAGGAGACACGAGCUGUGUGUGCACCCCACAACGGGUCACUGGGCUGAGAGGCGGCCUCACCUCGCUCGCGUGUGGCGACAGGCACGCGCUCGCCGCCGGUGAGGGCGGAGAGCUGUACGCGUGGGGCGAUGGCGGCGACGGCAGGCUGUGGGACUGCCCCGGUGAGGCACCCGAGCCCGCCAUCUCGCUCGCUGUCGACGCUGGAGUCCGAGCAGCGGCUGCUAGUGCCCAGGCCGAUUCCUCCGUGGCCGCGGUAGCGUGCGGCUCGGGCCGGCUCUGGAUGUUUGGCGACAACGGGGACGGCCAGCUCGGGCUGGGUGACGGUGGCGCUCGUCGCAUCAGCGGGCCGCAGCGGGUGCGCACGGUGGCCUGCGGCGGCUUCUUCACGGCGGCGGUGGUGGCCGGCGGCGGGAUGGUCACAUUUGGGGCCAACGAGUGCGGCCAGCUCGGCCACGGAGGGCGCGAGGCGGAGCGCGCGCCGAGGCUCGUGCGCGCGCUCGAGGGCACGCCCAUCGCGCAGGUGGCGUGCGGCGCCUGCCACCUGGUGGCGCUCUCCGAGACGGGGGCGCUGCACGUGUGCGGCCGCAACGGCGACGGCGAGCUCGGCACGGGCGAUCUGGUGGGCGCCAACGCCGAGCUGCCCCGCCGGCUGCCACUGUUUGGCGACCCGGGCGUCUGCACGGUGGCGGUGGCGUGCGGCUCGUUCCACACCGCCGCGGUGGUGCGCCUGAGCCGGCGGCGUCUGGGCGGGCUGGUCGGGGAGCGGGCCGCGGCGGCGGUGGAGGAGAGGAUCGCGAGGAGAGGGCGAGGGGUGGGGGUCCGGAAUAAGGGUGGCGGGCGUGGGGGGUGUGAAGGGUGUUUGGUGUGA